AAAAUAAAAAAAAGGUUAAAAAUAAAUAACUAAUUGUAGCACAGUAGUUUUGGUUAAAUCGAUGCAAACAAAUUCUUUCAACUCUUUUUACAUUUUCUUAUUUCCUCAUAUAAUAUAUAUGUAAUAUGUCUCAACCACUAUAUUAUGAUACUUGUGAAGCUUCGACUUCAUUGAAAACGCUCCGUAUUGUCAACAUAUUAUCUUUUAUAGCAAGUUUUGUCGGCAGUACUUAUGUUUAUAUUCUUGACCCAAGAGCUAGAGAAAUUACUCAUGAAUAUAACAACAUUUUUUCUCCUUCCUUAAUUUUGUUAGCAAUUUUAUGGCCUAUAAUUUACUUAUUAAGAUUCGGGUUUGUUUUCUAUAUUCAAUUUAGCAAGGUUUCUAUAAUUCAAGAAAUUGUGACCGAAAGUAUUGGCUGGCUAUUUACUUUGGCUAACCUUUUUAUGCUUGGCUGGUUAUGGUUUUUGUUGAAACUGAACUUUGUAGGAAGUUCAUUUUUUGCUACAUUGACCCUAUUAGUAGUUAGUCUUGCUCAUUACAGACUUACUGUAGAUUAUCCUCCAAAUGAACUCCCUUCUUUACAAGCCAAGAAAAUAUACUUUUUCGCUCAUGUCCCAUUUGCAUUAUACGCAGCAUUUUCAUGGUUGGAUUUAUUCCAUAAUAUUUAUAUGGCAAUAUUAAAAUCAGACCACGAAGAAGCUUAUGCUUUACUAGGAAUUUUAUGUAUUUGGAUUUUGGGGAUUGUUGGGCUUGCAUGGACUGUUACCGGUUUGUUUAGUAACUGCCAAAGAGACGGACUUUUUGGUCUUACCAUGGCCGCAUGUUUGAUCGACGUUGCUGUUAGAGAAUGUAAUAUAUUGUAUUUAUCAAUUCAAGCUUCAUUGUUAGCCGGUUUAAUUUUUUCAACUUUUUUAUUUUUUUACGUUACUUCUGGAUAUAAAUUAAAAUAUGCUAUUAGCUCCAAAUGCCCUUUGAUAUAUGCUCCAAGGGAGCAAAGGCAACCCUUGAUACAAUAAUUGCAAAAAGAAAAUUGCAGGGGCUGGAUGGUUACUUCAAUUAGCUCAUUUUUUAUUUUUAAAAAUUUAUAUUGUAUUAGCGGUUAGAUAAUUAUUGUAAAAAAAAAAAAAAAAUUUUUUUUUGUAAAAACGAAA